AUUGAAAAUUGGGGUUUAUCUUGGGAAUAAUAGGAGUGGGCGAGUGGGGGCGGUGACGAACGCAGAUCUUACUCUGUCUUGUGGUGUAUCUCUUUAUCACCCACACCGGAACCUCUAUUUACCGAUUUUCUCUCUCAUUAGUUAAAACUUCGAUUUUGUUCGCCGAAAAUGACGAUCGGCUCCGGUGGAUCAAGCGUCGUGGUUCCCAGAAACUUCAGGUUGCUGGAAGAACUUGAACGUGGUGAAAAAGGAAUUGGAGAUGGGAGCGUCAGCUAUGGUAUGGAUGAUGGUGAUGACAUCUACAUGCGUUCUUGGACGGGUACUAUAAUUGGCCCUCAUAAUCAGAGCGUACAUGAAGGCCGUAUCUAUCAGUUGAAGCUCUUCUGUGACAAGGAUUAUCCAGAGAAACCUCCAAGUGCCCGCUUCCACACACGGGUUAACAUGACUUGUGUGAAUCCUGAGACUGGAAUGGUUGAACCAAAGAAGUUUGGGAUGUUGGCGAAUUGGCAGAGAGAGUUCACCAUGGAGGACAUCCUGAGUCAGCUGAGGAAAGAAAUGGCUGCACCCCACAACCGAAAACUUGUUCAACCUCCAGAAGGAACCUAUUUCUAGGUGCGAAGGCUUAAAACGACAGGAGUCUUUUAUAAGGUUAUAUAAUUCAGUAUAUAUUUUAAUUAUGAUAUGGAAGUCUUUGAAGGAAAAAGAUCCAAUACUGUUUUCUUAUACAUAUUGUUGAAUCUUCCUUCUACAAUGUGUUUGUAAGAGAAAGUAAAACUUGAGACCUGAAACACGGACCCCCUUGUUGGAUGAUAUACGCUGAAUUAUCUCUAUUAUUUUGGAUGAUA